ACAGCGGGUUCCUAUCCUAUCUCUUUAUCUCCGGCCCGUUACGAGCACAAAGUGUCCGCUCUCUCCCUCUUAAAACUUGGAGAGAGGGGGAAAAAGAACUUCAUAGUUAAGCUAAGUACAAGAGAAGAGAGAGAAAGUGAAGCAUAGUUAAGGAAACCGCGAUUAGGAGAGAGGAUGGACUACGUAUAUGGGCCGGGGAGGAACCACCUUUUUGUUCCCGGGCCGGUGAACAUCCCGGAGCCCGUGCUGAGGGCGAUGAACCGGAACAACGAGGACUACCGAUCCCCAGCCGUGCCUGCACUCACCAAGACUCUUCUUGAGGAUGUCAAGAAGAUCUUCAAGACUACAAGCGGGACCCCUUUCCUCAUCCCCACCACAGGUACUGGGGCAUGGGAAAGUGCACUUACAAAUACGCUAUCACCCGGUGACAGGAUUGUAUCUUUUCUGAUCGGGCAGUUCAGUCUCCUAUGGAUCGAUCAACAACAGCGCCUGAAAUUCAACGUCGAUGUUGUUGAAAGUGACUGGGGGCAGGGGGCCAAUCUCGAUGUUUUGGCCUCGAAGUUGGCAGAAGAUAGGAGCCAUACCAUCAAGGCCAUUUGCAUAGUGCACAAUGAGACUGCAACCGGAGUCACCAAUGAUUUGUCAGCUGUAAGGAAAUUGCUCGAUGAUUAUGGCCACCCAGCAUUAAUACUCGUGGACGGAGUGUCUUCAAUAUGUGCACUUGACUUCCGUAUGGAUGAAUGGGGUAUUGAUGUAGCUCUAACCGGUUCGCAAAAGGCUCUUUCGUUGCCUACAGGAAUGGGAAUUGUUUGUGCUAGCCCGAAAGCUCUUGAAGCUUCUAAGACUGCAAAAUCCGUGAGAGUGUUCUUCGAUUGGAACGACUACCUGAAAUUCUAUAAAAUGGGGAGUUAUUGGCCUUACACCCCUUCGAUCCAGCUGCUCUAUGGGCUCAGAGCUGCAUUAGACCUUCUGUUUGAGGAAGGGCUUGAUAAUGUAAUCGCAAGGCAUGCUCGUUUGGGGAAAGCUACAAGGCUUGCUGUUGAAGCAUGGGGCUUGAAGAACUGCACACAAAAGGAGGAAUGGUUUAGUGACACAGUGACUGCAGUGGUUGUUCCACCUUAUAUCGAUAGUGCCGAAGUUGUAAGAAGGGCAUGGAAGAGAUACAACUUGAGCUUGGGGCUGGGGCUUAACAAAGGNGGGAAAGUGUUCAGAAUAGGCCAUCUUGGUAACCUAAAUGAGCUGCAAUUGCUUGGCUGCCUCAGUGGAGUGGAGAUGAUACUCAAGGAUGUAGGAUACCCUGUAAAGCUUGGGAGUGGAGUAGCUGCAGCUGCUGCUUAUCUUCAGAACAACAUCCCUAUGAUCCCAUCUAGGAUUUAAGCUAGCUUUCUGUCUGUUACUUGGACCCCCUGUAAGAAAACUUAUAUACACGCCAUACUCUACGCAGAACUUGAUUUAUGUACUAAGGUUUAUAAUUGAUACUUUAUCUUUUGUUAUUAGUUGCUGUUUUCUACAGUUGUUUUCCUCUGUUUCCCAUGUAAAAGAGCUUGCAUUUAUAUAAAUCAUAACUAGAUGUUUGUUUAUA